AAAGGGUGUCGUUUCAAGGAAUCGACGACAACAACCCAAAAUACAGGACGGAAGAAAGAAGAGAACAGCGGCAGCAGCAAUGGAGGAGGCAAGUGAAGAAAAGAAAGGAAGCGGUAGAAGCAAAGAAGGGACCGAUUUGUUGGGGCCUCCAACCUUUACGGAGCUCCCAAACGGCAGGCUCAAGUGCGUAGAGACAGGCCACGAGAUGGUUGUUAAAGACAAGGAUUCCUAUGCUCAGAGCAAACGUUGUCGUUUAGGCCUCAUCGACUUUGCUUUGUCUCACUCUAAGCCUCCUCUCAACCUGUUCAAACAAGACCCUCUUUCCCGUUCAAAGUUGAUUUGUAAGCUAACUGGUGAUACUGUCAAUAAGUCCGAGGAACAUAUUUGGAAGCAUAUCAAUGGGAAGCGAUUUCUCAACAAAUUAGAGCAAAAGGAAAUGGAAAAGGAGUUAGCGAAUGAAACCAUGGCAGAGGAAGGUCAGCAGAAGCCAAAGCAAGAAAAAAAGAAGAAGAAUAAGAAGAAGGAAAAAGCAGUUGAAGAAAUUGUCUCGGAAGUUAGGGAUUCUGCUGAAAAUGAAAGUGAUUCUGAAGAACUUGAGUUCUGGAUGCCCCCAGUGGGUGAUCGUUGGGACUUUGAUGAUGGAGGAGAUCGAUGGGGUUCUGGUUCAGAGUUGGAGGAAAGUGAUGAAGAAAAUGAUACAGAGGUGGCAGUUGAAGAUGGUGGAAAGGAGUCAGAAGAGCUUUCUACACGAACGAAGAGAAUGUCCAUAGAAAUUGGACCCGGCAGCUUUGCCUCUAGGAAGAAGAAGAGUCGGAAAAACACAAGCUAACCCUUGCGCCUUCUGAAGCAGAGAUUUUUUGGUCUGUAAUUCAUCAACAAUUCUUUCAGUUCUGAAUAGAACUUUGUAAGACCUCUGGAUCAAAUGGUUUUCUUUGUAGUAAUUUAACUCGCUUAUUUGUUUGUACUUGA